UGAAAGUGUCCCACCUAACUUACUUCGCAGUAGACAGCCAGCGAUGGCCGACGAGUUUCCUUACGCCCUGUUUGUCGAGGGCAAAUGGCACCCCAAGACCCCCAAGUUAAAAAACAAGCUGACUAUUUAUUUCCAGAGUAAGAAGUCCAACGGAGGAGACUGUUGUGUGACGCUGCUGGAGGCACAGAAAGCGACGGUGAGCUUCAAAACGGAAGAAGUGAGGAGAAAUGUUCUGGAGAAGCAAACACACGAAGCUAAGAUCGGUCCAAACCUCGUGAGCCUGAAUGUUUAUCUCUCUCCAGAAGCUGCUGAGGAACCUCAGUCUCCGGCCAAAGCAGAUCAAGCAGACAUUCCACACUCAGCAGAUACUGACGUUGCAGCUCUUAAGAGGCGGGCGGAAACUCGUUCUGAGCUGAGUUCAGUGGUAGACCUCAAAAAGCCAAGGCUUUUUGCUGUCAGCAGCCAAGAAGAAUUUCCAGGCAAAGAUGAAGAGCCACCAGUGGCUGAACCUCAGACUGAGGAGGCAAAGAAUCCAGAGCCAGCUGAAGAGAGUGACGUUGUGGGUAGAAGAUCAGCUGUGCUGGAAAACAUCCAGAACAUGAGUCAGGAAUUCCUGGUUAUGCUGGUGGAGAAUAUCCUCAAGGAGGAAGAAUUAAAAUUAUUUGAAAUAGAAGUCAUCCAAGAGAGCAACUGUGCUGUGAUUACGUUUAUGACCAGAAAAGAUGCAGAGAACUUCAUCUUGUCCUGCCCAGAUAACUCAGUUUUCAGGAAAAAAGAAAUGGGUGUCAGACCUCUUGAGAAGACUCCAAAAGUGAAAGCUGAGGACUUACCUUCAAGCGUGAACUCUGACUAUAUCAUGCUGUUUUUUGAAAAGUAUGGGGAAGUAGAGGGUGAGGUGGACAUCCUUGAAGACGGGCAAUCAGCCAUAAUCACCUUUAAAGAUCACAAAGUUGUAAACACAGUUCUCAGCACACAACAUCAGAUUAAACAUCACCCUAUCAAAGUAUUCCCGUACUAUGAAUCAUUGGGAACAGCACUCUAUGGAAAAGACAGACCAACUCUGAGACUCCCAGAAGCCUUCACAGAGAAGACUGAUAAAUCUGUUGGGAAAUACCUCCACGAUAACCCAGGAUCAUUAGAUCUGAUCAAGCAAGAGAUGCGCAAACAUUUCUGUCAGCUGGAUCUUCAAGACGCAGAUGUGAAAAUCAGCCCUCUAGCUUCCCUGCUUCAUCAAGGUUUACAGACAAGACAACUCAUCCAGACCUGGAGGGAGAAGGCCUCUGCUGAGUUCACUGCUGCAAUGUCCAAAUAUAAGUCCCUGGAGAUCAUUGUUCAGAGAGAUGCAUGGAGUGUAAUAGAGGCAGAAAUCCACAAGACACUGUUGACUGAGACUGUGACCAUGGUCCUUCAGAAAGAUCAAGGAACAGUGAUCCUGGCAGGCCUCGCACAAGAUGUCCAUAGAACUGGGGAUGUCAUACAGAAUAUCGUUAAUAGAGUCACUCAAAUGAUCCAAAGGGAAAAGGGAAGUGUGACAGAUGAGAUUAUCAUGGAUCCAUCUAUUUAUGAGAUUGUCAUGCUAGAUGGACUUGAGCAAGAAAUCACCAAUAGUUUUCCAGAAAUGGAACUGAGUUACCACUCUCACAGCAAAAAGUUAGCUCUCUACGGUCUAAAACAAGAGGUUUUGGAGUCAAAAAAUAAGAUUCUACAAGAAGUCAUUGGGCUAAAACGGAGAAUGGUGGAACUCCAACCAUCUAUUCUGGAAUAUCUCACUAGGAGGGAACAGCAUGAACUGACAAGCGAUUUAUUCUUAUCCAAGGGAUUUAGAGCAUCUUUGGAGAUCAAGGAAAACCAAGCAUCGCUUGUUGCCAAAACCGAGAAGACCUUGAAGGACAGUGAAGAACAUCUGAAAGCAGUGUUAAUUCAUAAAUGCCUUGACGUAGAGGAUACCAGUGUGUUCAGGAAGGCAGAAUGGCAAGAUCUAAUUACUGUCUUAAAUAACUCAUUCAAUUCACCAGUAAUGACUGUUGUAAUAAACACAUCAGGCAGCCAAGUUGUGAUUGCUGGCUUUGAUGAUGUAGUCGAAUUAGUCCUUGAACAGCUCUUUGAUUUUGUGCAAAACAAUUCUAACUUGGUUGCAACCAUUGAGGCUGAUAGUAUCGUUGUCAAAUUUAUCCAGGAGCACAAAAAGCAAGACUGGCUUGAAAAUGUGAAAAACAAAGUGAGCGUUGACUUUAAAGAUGGUAAAAUCUUGUUAAGUGGCCCAAGAGUUCAUGUUUCUCAGUGUAAACCUGUCUUUGAGAACCUGGUUUCAUCUGUUCAUCACUGCAACUUGAAGGUAGCAAAGCCAGGCGCCAAGAAGUUCUACAAGAUGAAGGAGUCAAUGUAUGUUAUUGCAGCCAAGGAUCAAACGCAAUGCUUGGUUGAGUUAGUAGAUGAACAUGAGGUCUUCCAGGCUGGUGCUGUCAGUGUAGGAAAGCAGGGAGUCCUUACACCUGAAGGAGUGGAGAUUGUGGUCAGCAAAGGUAAUAUGUGCUUUUAUCCAGUAGAUGCUAUAGUUAAUGCCACCAACGAGAAGCUGGAUUUUAACGGAGGUCUGUCAAAGGCGAUUUCUGAUGCUGCUGGGCCACAACUGCAGGAUGCCUGUCGCCAGAUCCUUAAGACGAGAAAACAGCUGUCCAUAGGGGAUGCUGUCCUCACCAGUGCGGGUGGACAGCUGUGCUGCAAGUUUGUUAUCCAUGCAGUAGGACCACAUUAUGAUAACUCUAAUCGCCAGGGAGCAGUUGGACUUUUGAAGAAAGCUGUGAAAAGGAGCCUGAAUCUUGCUGACCGAGAGAGCUGCCAGUCUAUGGCAAUACCAGCCAUAAGUUCUGGAAACCUUGGGUUCCCACUGGAUGUUUGUUCAGACACCAUUGUUGGAGCCCUGAAAGAAUUCCUUGAGUUUGUGAGUGGAGACUGUUGUUUGAAGAAGAUCCAUCUUGUUGACAAUAACGAUAGAACAGUUGAGGCUUUAGAAGCUGCAGUGCAGAAAGUAUAUGGGGGCAGUUCAGCCAGUAAAGACAAAGGGAAGGUCUCCAAGGGCAAACCAAACCAACCUCAGCAAAAUGCAAGCCUGUCAAGUUCCUCUAGUCAAGGUUCAUCCCAGAGUGUCAAGACAAAUGAAGGACUGAGUGUUACACUUUCAAAGUGCAACAUCCAGGACACUACAGAAGAUGUGGUUGUGAACUCUAUAUCUUCUGACCUGUCCCUUAAUCAUGGAGCCAUCUCAAAUGCAAUCUAUACUGCAGCAGGGACACAACUUCAGGUGCUUCUUAACCAGCAGGCCACAGGCAAAGCAAACGUUGGAGCGUUUUUUAUCACUACUGCCUGUAAGCUUAAAAACAAACUGGUGUUCCAUGCUGUAGCCCCUCACUGGAAUCAAGGACAGGGUUCAGAACAGAAGGAUUUGGAAGGUAUUGUGGAUAAAUGUUUGGGAGAGGCAGAGCAGCAGCAGCAGAAGUCCAUUGUGUUCCCUGCCAUUGGCACAGGAAACUUGGGUUUUCCAAAGACACUAGUAGCUUCACUUAUGUUGGACUCGGUCCUUAAAUUUAGCAAGAAAAGAAGUUCCAAGCAUGUGCAGGAGGUGGUGUUUGCUCUUCAUCCCACAGACGCUCAAACCAUUCAGGCCUUCACAGAUGAAUUUAACAAAAAAUUUAACAUUCAGCCAUCCUCAGCAAGUGCCUUUACACAGCAGCAAAGCAUUGGUCCUUUUUCAAGCAUCACUUCAAAAUCAGGGAGUUAUGAGACCACAGUGGGCGGAGUUGUUCUUACGGUUCUCAUUGGUGAUAUCACUAAAGAGAAAGUUGAUGUCAUUGUAAAUUCCAGCAAUGAUGACUUUACACUGAAAGCAGGUGUCUCAAAGGCUAUUUUGGAUGCAGCAGGUCCAAACGUGGAAGCUGAGUGCCAACAACUUGGAGCACAGAAAAACUCAGGGCUCAUAAUGACUCAGCAAGGUAAUCUACAGUGCAAGAAGAUAAUCCACAUUUCCCCCAAAAAUGAUCCUGUAGCAAUCCAAAAACGAGUCACGAAAGCACUCCAGAUGUGUGCGAAGCAAAACUUCACUUCCAUUUCCUUCCCUGCAUUUGGCACAGGUCAAGGUGGGGUGAAUCCAGGACAGGUUGCAGACGCCAUGCUGGAUGCUGUGGUGGACUUUGUGACACAGACUCCGCAAUCCUCAAUCAAACUGAUCCGCAUAGUGAUCUUCCAGGCCCCCAUGUUGACAGACUUCUAUCAGGGCAUGCAGAGAAGAGAAGGCAGUGACAAGCAAAAGAAGCAGAGUGCCUUUUCUAAAAUUGCAUCAUAUGCCAAAUCAUGGCUCACCGGAUGGAAGGACAAAGAUGACCAGCAACAAAAGGGAAAGGGCUUUGUAUUCAAGGGCAAAGUGGUGAAUCCUGCAUGCUUCUCUAUCUGUGGGCCUUCCAAAGCUGCUGUGGACCAAGCCAAGCAGUGGAUAGAGAAACUCAUCUCAGACGAGCAGGCGUUUGAAUUAAUCAGUGAUUUAGUGAUCCUUAGCUUGUCUGAUAAAGACCAGCAACGAAUACAAGAGCUGCAGCAAUCCAUGGAUGUCAGUGUGAGAGUGGAACACAAGGUUCAGGGUGGAGAUCAGGAGGAGGCCACAAUUUUGGUGGAGGGUCUCAGUCGGGAUGUUCUCAUGGCUGUAAGUGAGAUCCAGACCAUUCUCAAAAAAGCCAGAGAAGAGGCUGGGCUGAAGAAAGAUAUGAAGGUAUUAAGUGAGUUAGUAGACUGGCAAUACCAGGAGGGUGGACAGUACCAGAGCUUCGAUCAACUGAUAAACUUGCAUUUGGAACAAGCCCUUGCAAAGAAGUCUCCCCAUGUGGACAUCACCCUCCACGGCCAAUCAUACAAGGUCACAAUGCCAGAGGGUCCUGCUGUGAGUGCUGUAGGUGGUAACCAGAUCAACAUCAGACGUAUUGACAAAACACAAGUCGGAGCUGAUGAUAGCCUCCCGCAGGAAUGGGACACAAUGGCAGCUACUGAGCUGUUCAAGGACUUUCCACUGCAGGUUAACAGCAAUGAGUAUAAGGAUGUGUUGAGCCACUUCAAAAAAACCUGCCCGAAUAACAACGUUCUUAAGAUUUCACGGAUCCAGAAUCCUGGCAUGUGGAAGAAGUACCAUCAUAAUAAGCACAUCAUGGAAAUAAAGAAUGGCCAUCAGAACAAUGAAAAGAGACUUUUUCAUGGAACCAGAGAGGACUCAAUGAAGCACAUAAAUUAUUAUGGCUUCAAUCGCAGCUAUGCAGGAAUGAAUGCUGCUGUCUAUGGGAAAGGCACCUACUUUGCACUAAAUGCAAGUUACUCUGCAAACCACACCUAUUCAGUGCCAAACCCGCAAGGCCACAAGAACAUGUAUCUUUGCAGAGUCCUCACUGGAGACUACACAUUGGGAAAUCAGACAAUGAUUGUCCCUCCUGCAAAAUCUGCUAAUGGCAUAGAUCAGUACGACACUGUGGUGGAUAACGUCAGUGCGCCAACAGUCUUUGUGGUGUUCCGCGAUGAUCACGCUUACCCAGAAUACUUGAUCACUUUCACCUGAAGUGAAAAGCUUUUUACAGAGUUGGGUGAUUAGAACAAGUUCUUGAAUACAGUCCAGUGGCACGUUUUCUAGAAUGUAUCUGACUAGGAUAUUUAUUAUCUGAAAUAUCUGUAUGCCUUACACACCAGAAAAUGUUGAAACAGUAGCACAGCUGGCUCAGGACAAGGUCCGAGUUUACAGAAGUGACUGUAAUGUUGGUAUCAAACACUGGUAUCUUAGUAUGCUUCCUAGCCAGGUCUUAAAUAUAUCUUAACUAAUGAGUUUCACAUUUUGUCCUGACUGCUGCUAUUAUUUCCUACUCUCACUGUCAGCUUUGCAGGAAACUGAUCCACAGUUUUUUUUCCCUCUAAAAUUAGUGAUUGUUCUUUUAAUUACAAUUAAAAUUACUUAAAAGCACAGACCAGACAAAUCUAAAAGCCUUGUAGGGAUGCCAGUAAAUGUCACAAAAUAUAUAAUGUUCAAAGAAAAGGAACGUAAUGGACAUCAUAGCUAAUUUGUCAGUGUUGGUUUUGGCAUAGAUGGAACAUUGGCCUGGUUAAGCUACAAUUCCAGGAUUUUAUACAUACACUCUUGUGCAGAAAAGACCCAAAUGGCCAUUUAAUGGCUUUAAAUGGUUUUACCAACAAGCCAUUAAUCAGUAAAUUAAACAAAUAGAUGCAGUAAGUUAGUAUGAGCUGGCUUUUCUCUUUGAUUAUCUUUAAAUGUUGAUAUCUUGUGGGUAAACUUACCUUUUACAGAAAGAACAGUCAGUAAUGUUGCAUUCAUUGCUGGUGGCUUCAUACAGCUGAAAAACAUUGCCAGGCUAGUUCAAGUGUAAAUGUGAUACUAAAUAGGGUUUAAACAGGGUUUGAAUCUGGACUCUGAUCAGGCCAAAACCAUCAGUAAAAAACAUAUUUUUGGCCUGUUUUUUGCACAGAAGUGUACACUUACAAGUUAAAGACCAUGGUGUUUUAGCACUUUGCUAAAGCAAAGAAUACAGGGUUUAAUGUCCCCUGAGACAGAUGAAGCAAUGAAUGCAAAAAACUCUUAAGGUUGCCUUAAAAUAAAAUCACUGAUUUGUUUUCCUUUUUUUAAGUAUGUUGCAUGUAACCACAUAAAUCUUUUGGAUCGUAAUAAAUUUAUGAACUUAUGUACAAAAUAAAAGCUGUUUUACAACUGUCA